AUGGCGGACUUGGCAGCCGCGUCGGGCCUCGACAAGCAGGUCCUCGUGUUCCUGCGCGACAAAGGGGUCACCAACUCAGGCGUGCUGUUCCACCUGUUCGAGGACAGAUGGAGAAUCCCGACAACACUGGCCCCGCUUCGCACCGGAGUCAAGAUCCGCACCGACGAACUGAAGCUCGAUGAUGUGGGCACCGACGUCGCGGCCGCGGUCCUUGAGCACAUGAUCGACGAGGUCGCAGCGAUCAGGGCCAGGCAGAUGACAGCGGCGUCUCCGGCCCCCGUCUCUUCGUCAUCCCCAGCAACAGGGGCAGCCACAAUUGCGGAACAACAAAAAGCCCCAGAUCAGUUACCCAAGGGCUACUGGGCGAAGAGAGUCAAAGAGUUCGAGUCGGAGCAGAUCGAGGGUCGCAACCGCAGCUUUCCGGUGCAUCUGCUGGUUGGAGCAGAAGAAACGCUUGCGAGAAUGGUGUACGAGAAGGAGGCAUGGGCUAAGUCCGACGACCGGUUCUCCGAUUCGUUGAGAUUGGACGCCUCCGGUUCCCUGGUUCGCAGAGACAAGAAAAUCCCGGAGCCCCAGAAGGCCCUUGCGAUGCUUUCGAAUCUGUUCGUUGGGCGAUGGUCUUCGCAAGGUGUGGAGAAGAAUUCAAUUCGUGAUCGAGAUAUACCACAAAUACGAGAGUAUUAUCGAAAAACAUCAUGGGACCUCGCAAUGCACAUGCGUGCCGCGGGCUCUUUCCAGGAGGGCGUCGAGAAGAUCAUCACGAGCACCGAGCGGCGUGACGCAUUGGCCUGCUGGAUGCCACCCGACGGAAAAGGCAAGGGCAAGGUUUUUGCAAGUUUGGCAGGUUGUGCAAAGUUUAGCCACGUUCAGCCACAGACAACGCCGACGCAGCAGGCGACGCCCAACACGACUGUACUCGCGAGCCAAGUGUUUCCACCCGCCCCGUCGAUUCAGAAGUCGUGGGGAACGGAGCGGGAAGCUUGCCACGACCCGUCAUCCCCCCUCGGCAAGUUGAGGUUCCAGCUGCCUCACUCCAGCAAGCCGCAGACCGUGCAAUCACACACGUGUGAUACUCCCAUUGCUCUGUUGUCGUUCUUCGACGGCAUUGGGAGCGCGCGUCAGUCGAUGAUUGACUUGCAGAUCGAGCCGAUAGUGUCUUGGUCGUGGGAGUUGGACCCAGAGUGCAAUCAGGUGGUUGGACAAAGACAUCCCAAGACGGUGCUUCAAGGCGAUGCGCUGUCCGCAGACCCGCAGAAGGCGGUGGCAGCUCUACAAGAGCAAUGCCCACCAGGAACGUUCGUGACCGUCGCAUGCGCUCCUCCAUGCCCGGAUUUUUCCCGGAUCAAGGGAUGGUGGCAUAGCUUCCGAAAGAUCUGCCCGUUCAAAUUCGCUUUGCUGCUCGAGAACGUGACGAUGUCGAAGGAGACACAAGGUACGCUGGAUUGGCUCUUGGACAUCAAGUCGUUCGUGUGCGAUGCAGCUUCUUUCGUUCGGGCUGAUCAGCCGCCCUCGAUUGUGGUGGUCGACACACAUCACGCCUCCUGA